AUGCCACCAAAUCCUUACAACCACUCUGAAACUUUCCUUGUUUCCCGUAUUGUUUCGGAUGCUGCUGACUUGAAGAACCUUGAUCCUUCGGAAGCAGAUGCCACACUUGCUGCAGCGGAAGCUGGUGGGAAGGAUGAAUGCCACCAAAUCCUUACAACCACUCUGAAGUGCCUAAAACCAAUCAUUGGCCUCACCUGUAUAUUCCAAAUCAAGUUGAAAGACUACAAUUUUACUGCAACUCCUCAGACUUUCCUUGUUUCCCGUAUUGUUUCGGAUGCUGCUGAGUUGGAGAACCUUGAUCCUUCGGAAGCAGAUGCCACACUUGCUGCAGCGGAAGCUGGUGGGAAGGAUGAAUGCCACCAAAUCCUUACAACCACUCUGAAGUGCCUAAAACCAAUCAUUGGCCUCACCUGUAUAUUCCAAAUCAAGUUGAAAGACUACAAUUUUACUGCAACUCCCCAGACUUUCCUUGUUUCCCGUAUUGUUUCGGAUGCUGCUGACUUGGAGAACCUUGAUCCUUCGGAAGCAGAUGCCACACUUGCUGCAGCGGAAACUUUCCUUGUUUCCCGUAUUGUUUCGGAUGCUGCUGACUUGGAGAACCAUGAUCCUUCGGAAGCAGAUGCCAUACUUGCUGCAGCGGAAAGCCUAGACGGUUUUAGGACUGUUAGGCUAGUUAGUAUCAUCCCCUUCAGCUACAAGAGAUUCCGCAAGGUUGUGGCGCGAGAGGGCGCGGUGCUUGAGGCCGUGGUGGCAGAGCUAGAGCCGUGGAGGCCGGGGCCGAGAUUGUGGACUUCGGCGGAUUCGGGAGAGAGUGUGGUGCCUGAGUGUGGCGACUGCGUCGGUGACCCAGUCGUUAUUGGCUCGUUUUCCGCACCACAGGGGGCUCCGGGAGUACCUCCAGUGGCAGAGGCGCAGCAGGGCUGCGGGUUUGUUCAGCAGGCUGCGGGUUUGGUGUGUCCGCCUUAUCUGGAUAUGAUGGGGCACAUGCAGAGGAUUGGUACGCCGUCUUUGAGGGCGGAGUUAGCCAGAGGAGGCAGAUGGUGGCGUGAGAUUGGAGCGGAAUUUCCAGUCUAUCAGAUGUUUUGGAGUACCAGGACCUUGUUAGUGGGCGGUUUUGAGUCCCACGUUUUAUUCGACUCUGGAGCAUCGAAUUGCUUCAUUACACCGGAGCGUGCCGAGAAGAGUGGCAUCCGGAGUAGCGCGGGCGAGAGCGCGGGCAUGGUCAAGGUGGCGGGAGGUGGAUUCUUGUCUACUUUGGGCCGUGCUAGAGGAGUCGAGAUCGAGAUUGCGGGGCAGUCAAUGCCAGCAGACUUAGUCAUCAGUCCGGUGGAGCUGUAUGAUGUUAUUCUCGGGAUGGACUGGUUGUCACACUACAGAGUUCAUCUGGAUUGCUACAGAGGUAGAGUGGUCGAGCGAGAUGCAGGGAGGUUGGUUUAUCAGGGAGUGAGACCGACUUCCGGGAGUAUUGUGAUAUCUGCUAUUCAGGCCGAGCAGUUGUUAGAGCGGGGUUGUGAGGCGUAUCUGGCGACGAUUUCUAUGUCUGAGUCAGGAGCUGGAGUUGUUAUGGGAGAUAUUGAGGUUGUCCAGGAUUUUGAGGAUGUCUUUCAGUCAUUGAAGGGAUUACCACCAUCUCGGUCUGAUCCUUUCACGAUUGAGUUAGAGCCGGGGACAGCACCGAUAUCGAAGACGCCUUACAGGAUGGCGCCAGCUGAGUUGGCAGAGCUGAAGAAGCAGAUAGAGGACCUUUUGUCUAAGGGGUUCAUUCGACCGAGUGUUUCACCUGUGGGAGCACCAGUGUUGUUUGUGAAGAAGAAGGAUGGGAGUUUCAGACUUUGUAUCGAUUACAGAGGUCUUAACCGAGUCACUGUGAAGAACAGGUACCCACUCCCGAGGAUUGAUGAGUUGUUGGAUCAGUUGAGGGGUGCUACUUGGUUCUCCAAGAUUGACUUGGCGUCGGGUUAUCAUCAGAUCCCGAUAGAUGAGGCAGAUGUCAGGAAGACUGCUUUCAGGACGCGUUAUGGGCAUUUUGAGUUUGUGGUUAUGCCUUUCGGUUUGACUAAUGUGCCGGUAACCUUCUGA